CCUAUCUCACACGUUGUCCAGCCAUCAAGCCACUGCCAAAAUCUGGAUAGUUUCAGCUCGUUCACAGCUUCAGGCCCUAUCGACUGACGUCGCUCCAAGGAAUCCCUUUGGAGCCAGUAUCUUGAGCGCAAGUAUGGCAUUUCCUAGCAGCCUCUCCUUAGUCCUCGCGCUCCUUGUCGCACUGCCCGCCGCGAUAGUAGCAACUAACAUGCCCGCGGGCGGAUGCCACACCCGCUACGUUUGCCCCUACAUAGACAACCUCGCUACCGCGACCAUCUCGCAGUCCACGUACACGAGUUACAAGUACAUCGGAAACUACCUAGGGCUCUUCAACAACCAGGGUGGGCAAUACGUUGAGCACCAGCGCGGCUCGGGUCCCGUUAAUUUCGAGCGGUACACGGAGGUUGGGACCAUAUUCGACGUGGUGAAGGGCGUCUACGGAGACACGCUGCAGGAGUGCUGCCGCGCCUGCGCCCGCUCCACCUACUGCUACCAGUGGCACUGGUUCAAAAACUCGCGUCUCGCCGGCGAGAACGCCAAGGUGACGGGCUUCAUCGACCGCAUCCAAUGCUACCUUCUAGAGAAGGUCGGCGGCACGGGCACGUCAGGCCCCUUUAAGACCCCCAAUGCGGGCGACGCGGCGACGCAGACGGCGAACGCGGUUAACUACCCGCUCAGCUUCGUCGGCGGGCUUUGCAACGGCACCGCGCUCGUCGAAAACGACCCGCACCUGACCGGCGCGCACGGCACCCACUACGACUUCACCGGGCGCCUCGACCGGUCGUUUUGCCUCUUCUCCGACAGUCGAUUCCACGUGAAUAUGCAUCUGAACGGCUACCAGGGCGCCCCGCCCGCUCUUCCCGCGUCGGCGACAUCGUCGAACAAGGAAACGAGCACGGAGCUUCACACGUGGAUUAAGGAGGUCGGCGUGGUGUGGAUGACUCCCGACGGCGCGAACCACACGCUGCGCAUGGUGGCGCGCAAGGGCAAGCAGCAGGAGCGUGGGGACAACGGCUUCCUCUCGCUGCUUGAGAUCGACGGCAAGACGACGAGCCCGCCGAGCGUCGGCGAAUCGAUCGCGACAGAAAGCGGGCUGGUGGUUACCAAAGUCGCGGAGGAGAAAGAGGGACCGUUCGAUGUGGAUCAGUUUCAGGUGCGCGUGGUGGGGCUGGGGGAACUCGACGUGCGCGUGCGCGUGGCGCACCCGCUGCUGCAGACCCCCUCGGAGGCGGAGACCCACUUCAACGUCGAACUUUCCGACGUGAAGAUGACGUCAGCCGUGCACGGCGUGCUCGGGCAAACGUUUAGGAACUCGCCGGAGCAGCUGCAGCGCGCGAUUAAGUACUCGCACUUAGCGGCGCUGCUGCGGCACCCCGUGGACGUGGAUAAGGCGGAAGGGAAGGGGUUUCUGGACGGGGAAGUGGAGGACUACAUCUCCUCGUCGAUCGUCGCGCCGGACUGCAAAUACGCCAGCUACGGCUCUGCCUAAGAGAGGAUUCUAAUUACCGAGUCACCCCUUACAAGUCAUAGAUUCGUCGUGGAUCGUGACUCGUGAUUCGUCAAGGAAUCUUGACUCCGCUUUAGUCUGUCCAUGCACCCAACCAAUGGCCGCUUUCAAGGCAAAUAAGGGGCUGGGACUCCUGUUUUGCAUAAAAUUAUGUACUCUUA